UGGGGUCCGGCUCCGCGCGGAGGGAGGCCGGCCAGGCCCCUGUCCUCAAUCGCCAUGGCGGAGAACUGGAAAAACUGCUUCGAGGAGGAGCUCAUCUGCCCCAUCUGCUUGCACGUCUUCGUGGAGCCGGUGCAGCUGCCCUGCAAGCACAACUUCUGCCGGGGCUGCAUCGGCGAGGCGUGGGCCAAGGACAGCGGCCUCGUGCGCUGCCCCGAGUGCAACCAGGCCUACAAUCAGAAGCCGGGGCUGGAGAAGAACCUGAAGCUCACCAACAUCGUGGAGAAGUUCAACGCACUGCACGUGGAGAAGCCCCCGGCGGCGCUGCACUGCGUCUUCUGCCGCCGCGGGCCCCCGCUGCCAGCGCAGAAGGUCUGCUUGCGCUGCGAGGCGCCCUGCUGCCAGUCCCACGUGCAGACGCACCUGCAGCAGCCCUCCACCGCCCGCGGGCACCUCCUGGUGGAGGCGGACGACGUGCGGGCCUGGAGCUGCCCGCAGCACAACGCCUACCGCCUCUACCACUGCGAGGCCGAGCAGGUGGCCGUGUGCCAGUACUGCUGCUACUACAGCGGCGCGCAUCAGGGACACUCGGUCUGCGACGUGGAGAUCCGGAGGAACGAGAUCCGGAAGAUGCUGAUGAAGCAGCAGGACCGGCUGGAGGAGCGCGAGCAGGACAUCGAGGACCAGCUCUACAAGCUGGAGUCGGACAAGCGCCUGGUGGAGGAGAAGGUGAGCCAGCUGAAAGAGGAGGUGCGGCUGCAGUACGAGAAGCUGCACCAGCUGCUGGACGAGGACCUGCGGCAGACGGUGGAGGUCCUGGACAAGGCCCAGGCCAAGUUCUGCAGCGAGAACGCGGCGCAGGCGCUGCAGCUAGGGGAGCGCAUGCAGGAGGCCAAGAAGCUGCUCGGCUCCUUGCAGCUGCUCUUCGAUAAGACAGAGGACGUGGGCUUCAUGAAGAACACCAAGUCCGUGAAGAUCCUGAUGGACAGGACCCAGACCUGCACGGGUAGCAGCCUCUCUCCCCCUAAGAUCGGCCACCUGAACUCCAAGCUCUUCCUGAACGAGGUGGCCAAGAAGGAGAAGCAGCUGCGGAAGAUGCUGGAAGGCCCCUUCAGCACGCCGGUGCCCUUCCUGCAGAGUGUCCCCCUGUACCCCUGUGGUGUGAGUGGCUCCGGCGCAGAGAAGCGCAAGCACUCGACAGCCUUCCCCGAGGCCAGUUUCCUGGAGACGUCUUCAGGCCCUGUGGGCAGCCAGUACGGGGCAGCGGGCUCGGCCAGCGGCGAGGGCCAGUCUGGGCAGCCCCUGGGGCCCUGCAGCUCGACGCAGCACUUGGUGGCCCUGCCAGGCGGUGCCCAGCCGGUGCACUCGAGCCCUGUGUUCCCCCCGUCACAGUACCCCAACGGCGCCACUGCCCAGCAGCCCAUGCUCCCUCAGUAUGGCGGCCGCAAGAUUCUCGUCUGUUCUGUGGACAACUGUUACUGUUCUUCCGUGGCCAACCAUGGCAGCCACCAGCCCUACGCUCGCUCCAGCCACUUCCCCUGGACAGUGCCCUCGCAGGACUACUCACACUCGCUGCCACCCGCGCCGUCCGUGCCCCAGUCCCUCCCCGGCCUGGCCGUCAGAGACUGGCUCGAUGCUCCCCAGCAGCCCGGCCACCAGGAUUUCUACAGGGUGUAUGGGCAGCCGUCUGCCAAACACUACGUGACAAGCUAACGCCACGCAUGGUGGCCGCACUGGGGACCGGCCCCUGCCCCAGUGGCUUGGGAAUUGUGCAUCUGGAGACCUGCCCUCUGCCUCCUCCCCCUUCCUCACGCCGCUCCCCAGAGUUCUGCCUUCUGGAUUUUGUUUGGGUCUUCAUUUUUGACUUUUUUUAUUACGAACCUCCGGGACUCGGAGGUGGCAGCGGGAGCUGGCCUGGGCCGGGCCACAGUUGGCCCUGGAUUUGGGAGAAUAUGACGGCACUGAGCUCUCACAGUCUCCCCUUUUUCUUCCCCCUCGCCCCUGGGGCUGGAAGGAACCUCGGUUUGCCCUGAGGCCUUGGGCACCCCCCUUCACUCGCCUGCUGGCCUGCUUCUCCCUCCUGUUUUUCUUUUGGGCGGUUUGAUCACUGAUUAAGGAAUGACCUAUAGAUUGUGGGACUUUUGUUUUUUGUUUUUAAAAUUUUUUUUUAAACCAGGAAUGAUUUGUCCUCCUUUCUCGCCAUCUUCCCAGACAGAGGUCAGAGGCCACUUCUCAAGCAGCUUUCGGCACCUUCAGCCUCCAAGUGGAAUCUUCUACAGACAGGACUCUUGUGUCCAGGAAAGGGGAAAAGGAACUUUGCCAAUGACAGUGACCACAGCAGAAGCAAAUAAUAAUAAUAUUAAUAAUAAUAAAGAAAUAAAGGAAAUAAUAAAAACAAUAGCACAGCCCUUGUUGAGGUCAGUGGAGGAGGAGGGCUGCCCAGGUUCGGUCCCUACCUGCAGUCUGAUGCAGCACUUCCUGAAGUGAGCACUUCGGAUAGUCAUGGACUUCCUGCUCUCAAGGCGCAGGUAUUUAUUCUGUAACGUCUAGAGCACACUGAAAUCCAACCUAAUAAAUACGAUGGUGCAGUCCCACUCCCUGGUCCCUGCC